UAUUCUGGUUGCCUGUCUUGUUGUUGUCCAUAUGACGGUUUGCUCUCAUGCGGUAACUUGUUCCAAUUGCAAGGUGGACCUCCAAGAGAAGCCUGAUUGGAUGACCGUGGAUCAAUUCUGCGGCAUUUUCCAGCGCAAUGCAGAAGCUGCCAACCUUGCCAAGGGCUGGACUGUCCCCAAAGAUUGCAUCGACUACAUUGGAGACUACAUGACAAAGGGGUUGUAUGGAGGUGAUGUGUGGGGAGCAACUCUCCAAUCUACUAAGUUUGCAAGGUUAUUUCCCACUAACCCUGGCACUUGGAUCUUCCAAGUCGACCAGACACUAUUGUCCAAUGUCCCUUACUAUGCCACUCGCCAGUUCGGGGCCCUCCCGCGUAACAGUACCGACUUUGACCUUUGGGUGCAACAAGGCAAGGCUGUAGCAAUCAAGUCUUCUUUGGAUUUCUACAACGAGCUGUUGUGUGCAAACUGGAGAAUCGUGCUCAUCUCCGAUAGAUCCGAGAAGCAACGUGAAGCAACGGAAAGGAACCUGCGUGCUGCAGGCUACAGUGGCUGGACAAAAUUAAUCCUGGACUAUCAGUUCAAUACAAAUGAGCUGCGCAUACAACAAGAUGAGACUGCAGUGACAGGAGCAUCAGGGGAGAAAACAAUCAGAAUUGAAAAUUUGCCGGACAAAGUUGACCAAGAAAAGUUUAUGUUCUUUAAGCUGCCUAACCCCAUGUACUAGUGUGUGAGUGCAAUUCGUAAUAAAUUGCUGCGCGUUGCAUUGCAGCAACAGUUGG